AUGGAAAACACAAAUCCUAUUGAAUUUACAUUGCAAGCCAUGCAACAACAAUUUGCAAGGUUUGGAGCUGUUAUGGAAAAUGUAACAGAACGAUUGGAGAGGCUGGAAUUUCAAGCACCACCAAGGAAUGAGGAGGAAGGAGAGAGCGAAGGAGAAGAUGAUCACACAUCAACACAUCGAAAUGAAAGGCGAGGAGGAGGUAGAAGAAGAAGACAUCAAAAUGAAGUUGAUGGUGACUUGGGAAGCAUCAAAUUGAAGAUCCCAACAUUCCAAGGAAGGAGUGAUCCUGAAGCCUAUUUGGAGUGGGAGAGAAAGGUGGAGCUCAUCUUUGAGUGUCACAACUACUCCGAGGAAAAGAAGGUUAGACUUGCUGCAAUUGAAUUCACUGAUUAUGCAAUAGUUUGGUGGGAUCAAUUGACAACAAAUAGAAGGCGCUAUCGAGAGAGACCAAUUUCCACGUGGGAGGAAAUGAAAAGCAUAAUGCGUAAGAGAUUUGUACCUUCUCAUUAUUUUCGUGAAUUGUAUCAAAAAUUACAAUCUAUGAAUCAAGGUACUAAAUCUGUUGAUGAGUACUACAAAGAGAUGGAGAUUGCCAUGAUUAGGGCAAAUGUUGAAGAGGAUAGAGAGGCAACCAUGGCUCGAUUCCUAUGCGGGCUGAAUAAGGAGAUUGCAAAUAUCGUGGACCUACAACACUAUGUGGAGCUGGAGGAUAUGGUUCACAUGGCCAUGAAAGUGGAGAGGCAAUUGAAGAAGAAGGGAACCUUUCAAAGGAAUUUUCCAACAAGUUCUCAAUCUUCAAAGUCGAAGGAGUGGACUUCGUCUAAGUCAAAUUUUGGGGCAGCCUCUAAACCUCAAAAUGAUGUGUCCAAAUUCAAGUCCAACGAAGGCGAAAAGGGCAAAGGUAUCUCUAAUUCUACAUCUUCUACUAGAAAUAGAGAUAUCAAAUGUUUUCGAUGUCAAGGUGUUGGACAUAUUGCAUCUCAAUGUCCAAACAAAAGGGUGAUGGUCUUGAAGCCGAAUGGAGAAAUCGAAUCUGAAAGUGAACAUGAUGAUGAUGAUGAUGAAGAUGAUGAACAAUUGGAGGAGAUUGUACCGGAACAUGGUGAGCUUUUGGUGGUUCGAAGGGCUCUAAACGUGCAAAUCAAACAGGAGGAAGAACAAAGGGAGAACAUCUUCCACACAAGAUGUUUAGUCCAAGGUAAAGUUUGCAUGUUAAUUAUUGAUGGUGGUAGUUGUACCAAUGUUGCAAGUGGCGAGAUGGUGGAGAAACUGAACUUAAAAACUGAACGGCAUCCUCAUCCAUAUAAGCUACAAUGGCUUAAUGAAUGUGGUGAAAUUCGUGUGACCAAACAAGUUCUAAUUUCAUUUUCUAUUGGCAAUUAUAAAGAUGAAGUUCUUUGUGAUGUGGUGCCAAUGCAUGCUAGUCACAUUCUUUUGGGGAGGCCAUGGCAGUUUGAUCGAAGGGUGACCUAUGAUGGAUUCCGCAAUCACUACACCUUCAAGCACAACAACAAAUCCAUCAUGCUUGUUUCUUUGACACCUCAACAAGUUCAAGAGGACCAGCAGAAAUUGUCUCAAGCAAGGAGAGCUCGUGAGGUUGAGGGCAAUAAAAGUGAGGUAGUCAAAAAAGAGUCGAGUGAAAAAAAGAGUCGAGAGAAAAGCAAGAGUGAGGGAAAAGAAAAACAGAAUUUUUAUGUGAGAACAAAAGAAAUAAAGAGUGCAAUAGUCGAAGAAAAGAGUGUGUUCAUUUUGGUGUACAAAGAGUCAUUCUUUAGCACUAACGAACUAACCCCAUCUUUGCCUAGUACUUUUGUGUCUCUUUUGCAGGAGUUUGAGGAUGUCUUUCCCGAGGAAGAACCAAGUGGAUUACCUCCUUUAAGGGGUAUUGAGCAUCAAAUUGACUUUGUUCCCGGAGCUGUUCUACCAAACCGACCAGCUUAUCGAGCCAAUCCGGAAGAGACUAAAGAGAUCCAAAGGCAAGUCCAAGAGUUGUUGGAGAAAGGAAAGAUUCGUGAGAGCAUGAGUCCAUGUGCUGUACCGGUGAUUGUUGUGUCCAAGAAAGAUGGAUCGUGGAGAAUGUGCACGGAUUGUCGAGCAAUUAAUAAGAUCACGGUAAAGUAUCGCUAUCCUAUUCCUAGGCUAGAUGAUAUGCUUGAUGAGUUAUAUGGGGCAAUUGUGUUUAGUAAAAUUGAUUUGAAAAGUGGUUAUCACCAAAUUCGAAUUCGAGAAGGAGAUGAAUGGAAAACUGCUUUCAAAACAAAGUAUGGUUUGUAUGAGUGGUUAGUCAUGCCUUUUGGAUUAACUAAUGCACCUAGUACUUUCAUGAGAUUGAUGCAUCAUGUUUUGAGAAAUUUCAUUGGAAAAUUUGUGGUUGUUUACUUUGAUGACAUCUUGAUCUAUAGCAAAAAUGUUGAAGAACAUCUUGAUCAUUUGCGUGCUGUUUUAGACACUUUAAGAAAAGAGUCAUUGUAUGCUAAUCUUAAAAGUGUUCUUUUUGCAUGGAUAAAGUUGUUUUUCUUGGUUUUGUUGUGA